UUAUUCGCGUCGCGUCGCUCAUACGAACGACUUAGCCACCACUGGUACGGCGGCGUCGGCACGCGGGUUUCAAUCUCUGAAAUUACGACGGUCAGUGCACUCGCUCACGAUUCGCUAAACGAACGGUCCCGUCGACUUGUAACACAGUUCGACGCUCGGCUCCACUUCGACCCAUUCACCCCGUACGCGCGCUAGCAAGGAUAAUCCAGGAUGUCUUCCUCCUCUGCGGUGAGGACCACCAAAUAUUCUUACCGUUCCACGGGCGGCGGUGCCGCUGAUGUGAACAUCGAAUACAGCGCUGACCUCAGCGCUCUGACCAGACUCGAGGAUAAGAUUCGUCUCCUGCAAGAUGAUCUCGAAUCCGAGAGAGAACUCCGCUCUAGGAUUGAACGCGAGAAAGCCGACCUCAGCGUGCAGGUGAUUCAACUCACCGAGCGUCUGGAGGAAGCCGAAGGUGGUGCUGAAAGUCAGUUCGAAAUCAACAAGAAGCGUGAUACUGAGCUCCUGAAGUUGCGCAAAUUGUUGGAAGAAGUACACAUCGAAUCGGAAGAGACCGCCAGCUUGCUCAAGAGGAAGCACCAGGAAAUUGUUGUCGAUUUCCAGGAGCAGAUCGACUCUCUGGCCAAAGCUAAAUCCAGGUCCGAGAAGGAAAAGUCCAAAUUCCAAGCUGAAGUUUACGAGUUGAUUAGCAACUGCGAGUCUGCCCAAAAGGAGCGCGCUGUUGCUAUCAAGCACUCCGAGAAACUCGAAAUUACCAUCUCCGAGUUGUCCGUGCGUAUUGAGGAGUUGAACCGUACCAUCGUUGACAUCACCUCCCACAAAACCCGCCUCGCCAGCGAAAACCUCGAACUCACCAAGGAGGUUCAGGACAUCAAGGUCAACCUUGAAAACGCUAUCUACCUGAAGACUCAGUUGGCUAGUCAGCUUGAGGAUGCCCGCCGUCGUGCUGAGGAUGACGACCGCCGCCGCGCUAUCCUCGAGGCUAACCUCCACCAAGUUGAGGUUGAGCUCGAGUCCAUCCGCGUGCAGUUGGAGGAGGAGAGCGAGGCUCGUUUGGACCUUGAACGCCAGCUGGUUAAGUCCCAGGGUGACGUACAGGUCUGGAAGUGCAAGUACGACUCCGAAUGCACUGCCCGUGCUGAGGAGGUUGAGGAGAUCCGUCGCAAGUACACCGUGCGCAUCACCGAACAGGAGGAGCACAUUGAAAGCUUGUUGGUUAAGGUCAACAAUCUCGAAAAGCAGAAGUCUCGCCUGCAGUCCGAGGUUGAGGUCUUGAUCAUUGACUUGGAGAAGGCUAACAAUGUCGCCAGGGAGCUGCAGAAGCGCGUCGAACAAGUUGAACGUGUCAACUUGGACCUGAAGACCAGACUUGAUGAGACCUUGGCUAUGUAUGAACAAAGCCAGAGGGACUUGCGCAUCAAGCAGACCGAAAUCCAGCGUUUGAACCAUGAAUUGGACAAGACCAGGGAACAGAAGGAUGCCCUUGCUCGUGACAACAAGAAGUUGGCUGACGACUUGCAUGAUGCCCGUGCUACUCUCACCGAGUACACCCGCAGGAUGCACGAUAUGGAGAUCGAACUCCGUCGCUUGGAGAACGAGAGGGAGGAACUUACUGCUGCCUACAAGGAGGCUGAGGCUGGUCGCAAGGCUGAAGAACAACGCUCGAUGCGUUUGGCUUCUGAGCUUAACCAGUUCCGCCAUGAAGCUGAGAAGCGUCUGCAAGAGAAGGACGAAGAAAUCGAAGCUAUUCGCAAAGCUACGAGCAUCGAAAUCGAACAAUUGAAUGCCCGUGUCGUCGAGGCCGAGACCAAGUUGAAGUCCGAGGUCACCCGCAUCAAGAAGAAGCUGCAGAUUCAGAUCACCGAGCUGGAGAUGUCGCUCGACACUGCCAACAAGCAAAACAUCGACUUGCAGAAGCUCUGCAAGAAACAAUCGCUCCAAAUUACCGAACUUUCUGCGCACUACGACGAAGUUCAGCGCCAAUUGCAGGUCACUUUGGAUCAACUCAGCGUUUCUCAGCGCCGCGUCCAGGCCCUCACUGCAGAGGCUGAGGAAAUUAGGGGCAACUAUGAAUCCGCCCUUCGCAGCAAGAAGGCCGUUGAAUUGCAAUACGAGGAGUCCGUCACUCGCAUCAACGAACUCACUGCCAUCAAUGUCAACCUUGCUUCUGCCCGCAGCAAACUCGAACAGGAACUUUCCGUUGUCGCUGCUGAUUACGAUGAAAUCACUAAGGAAUUGCGCAUCUCGGACGAACGCUACCAACGCGUCCAAGCUGAAAUUAAGCACACCGUUGAAAUUCUUCACGAAGAACAGGAACGCGUCGUCAAGAUCGAAGCUAUCAAGAAGUCUCUUGAAAUUGAAGUCAAGAAUCUGUCCGUUCGCUUGGAAGAAGUUGAAGCCAACGCCAUUGUUGGUGGCAAGCGCAUCAUCAGCAAGUUGGAGGCUCGCAUCCGUGACAUGGAAUGCGAACUUGAUGAGGAGAAGCGCCGUCACGCCGAGACCAUCAAGAUCUUGCGCAAGAAGGAACGCACCGUCAAGGAAAUCAUGAUCCAGUGCGAAGAGGACCAGAAGAACGUCAUCCUGCUGCAGGAAUCCCUCGAGAAGUCCAACCAGAAAGUUAUGCUGUUCAAAAAGCAACUCCAAGAACAGGAGGGAGUUUCACAACAGAGCGUAACCCGCGUGCGCCGCUUCCAGCGCGAGUUGGAAGCCGCCGAGGAUCGCGCCGACACUGCCGAGAGCAGCUUGUCCUUCAUUCGCGCCAAGCACCGCACGUUCGUCACCACCAACACCGUUCCCGGAUCCCAGGUCUACCUGGUACAGGAGACACGGACGACCACCGAACAAAUCUAAAGCGGGCGCGCCGAUCCGCCGCUGAGCGACUUCUCGCACACACCACCACCAACACGAGUGGGUCGCCGAAACGCGUGGCGAGCGAGCGAUUUUAUUAUUUUUUAUUCGUUUCACACCUACUUUUCUUUCUUUCUUUCGUCGUGCACAACCGAGUCAAUCAAAUAUCCAUACAUUUGUACGCGUAUGCAACAGCGUCAGCAAUAACGAAAUACGAUUUAAAGCAAUGCGAAGGUGGUCGAUCAAUCGUCGCCGUGUGGGCUAUUAAUAAAGUAAACAAAUUACAAACCAAUUGCGCAUCUUACACGCAUCGGCAGGCACUUGGCUGAUGCAAGCGUCGACCUUCGCUUUUAAAUUUAAUUUUAGUUUAGUUUUUAAUUUUCACAUUCAAUCGUCGUCUGUCCAACCACCAGCAGAAAUACUGAGACAACGUCAAACGAACACUUUAUAAGUUUAGCCAAACGUUCGUUCAGUAAGUAAUCAUCAAUGUAAUGCACAUAAAAUAAAAUGCAAGAGAUCGUGUGUUUGCUUCGAGUUAUCGUCUUUCUAUUAAGAUACAAUUUUUAACUGUUAUAAAGGAUGAACAAUAUCUAGAGGAAUCUAAAUAAAUAUGCUUGUAUUAUAAA